AUGCCUUCCAACGACUUUGUUCGAACCGUAUCUCGGAGCUUUCGCGUGCUUGUGAUCGGUGGCUCUUAUGGUGGUCUGGCUGCGGCAUUAGCUCUAGUUGAUCUUUCGCAGGGUCGCAUUGCUCGCUUCAACAGCAAUCCAGAAACUAAAGCCCCGGCACAUCGCAUUCCAGUCCAGAUCACUGUAGUUGAUAAGAGAGAUGGCUAUUUCCAUCUCAUCGGAUCUCCGAAGGCCCUAGCCUGUGACAAAUUUGCGUCGCAAGCAUGGACUCGGUUUAGCGACAUUCCCGGCCUGAAAUCCCCCGAUCUCAGCUUCAUUCAGGGAAGCGUCAGUUCCGUCGACUUCGCUGAAAAAGUGGUCCAUAUCAUCGAUGCGGAUACAAAGACCAACCGUGCAGAGUCCUACGACUACCUGGUUGCGAGCUCGGGGCUGCAACGAACGUUCCCCACAGUGCCUCAAUCAUUGCAACGAGAUCAGUUCAUAAGCGAAGCAAAAGAGCAUAUGGCAAAUGUAAAGAAUGCCCGGGACGGCGUCGUCGUUGUUGGUGGAGGAGCUGUUGGUGUCGAGAUGGCAGCAGAACUAAAAAUCAUUCAUCCUGAACAAAAGAUUACUCUCAUUCAUUCCCGAAACCGCUUGCUUUCUUCGGAGCCAUUGCCAAACGAUUUUGCCGAUCGUGCACUUUCGCUAUUGCAGGAAGCUGGUGUUGAAGUCAUUCUAGGGCAACGUGUCAUUGACACGACAGCCGUGGACACAGAGCUCGAGAACAGGUCCUGGAAUCUCACGCUCGGUGAUGGCCGACAACUGAAAACUGGCUAUGUAUUAAACGCCAUUUCGCAACCCAUCCCAACAUCAACAUACCUACCAAAAGAAGCACUGGAUGAGGAAGGAUACAUCAAAACUUCAAUUCUCGGGGAAAUCCCCAACGCCGAGAGCCAUUGGGCAGUUGGAGACCUCGCAGCGUGGGAAGGAAUUAAACGCUGCGGUGGUGCAAUGCACAUGGGUCACUAUGCCGCCAUGAACAUUCAUCGGCAUAUGACCGCAGAAUGCACAGGCGAGAAGCCAGAAUUCUUGACCCUGCAGCCUUUCCCAUCUGUAAUGGGGUUAGCCAUUGGUCACAAGGCCGUCAGCUAUACCCCGAGUGAAGGCACCCGCCAUGGCGAGGAUCUUUUGGCAAGCUUGUUCGGGAAGGACAUGGGCAAUACCAUUUGCUGGAACUACAUGCGUCUCGGUGAGGCAUGUUAG